AUGUGCAAGGCCAUGAGCAAAGCAGCGAGCUGGGAGAUGGACGGACUGCGCGGCGACAGCAGCGGCGGCGGCGGCGGCGGUGGCGGCGGCGGCGGAGCCUCCGGGCAGUGCCGUAAUUUUCUCUCCUCGCCCGUUUUCGGGGCGGCGCACACGGGCCGAGCGGCCGCCGCCGCCGCUGCCGCCGCCGCCGCCUCGGGGUUUGCCUACGCCGGCGGAGGGGAGCGCUCAGGGGCGGCGGCGAGGCCCGACCCCCCGACCAAGGACUGCCCGAGCUCCGCCACGCCGGCCGCCGCCCCCGCGCUGGGCUAUGGGUAUCACUUUGGCAAUGGAUACUAUAGCUGCAGGAUGUCCCACGGGGUUGGGAUCCAGCAAAAUGCCCUGAAGUCUCCCCCCCAUGCCUCCAUUGGCGGCUUUCCCGUGGAAAAGUAUAUGGACGUCUCCAGCUUGACCAGCACGAGUGUUCCCGCCAAUGAAGUCUCUUCCAGGGCGAAGGAAGUGUCCUUCUACCAGGGCUACACAACCCCCUACCAGCACGUUCCUGGGUACAUAGACAUGGUCUCAACGUUUGGCUCUGGGGAACCGAGACACGAAACAUACAUAUCAAUGGAGGGCUAUCAGUCUUGGACUCUGGCUAAUGGCUGGAAUAGUCAGGUUUACUGUGCCAAAGAUCAGACACAGAGCUCACACUUCUGGAAAUCGUCCUUUCCAGGGGACGUUGCACUAAACCAGCCCGAUAUGUGUGUCUACCGGCGUGGGAGAAAGAAGCGAGUGCCGUAUACAAAACUGCAGCUUAAAGAACUCGAGAAUGAAUAUGCCAUUAACAAGUUCAUUAACAAGGACAAGAGGCGAAGGAUAUCCGCAGCCACAAACCUGUCUGAGAGACAAGUUACCAUUUGGUUUCAGAACAGGAGGGUGAAGGAUAAGAAAAUAGUCUCCAAACUGAAAGACAAUGUAUCUUGA